CGUUUGUACUGUAAACCCCAGUCAGCGUAUUCUGUAGCUUUAAGCCCUGAACAGUGAACAUUUAGGCUAAAGUUCCUAGUCACAGACUCACCCAGCCUCACAGUCAUCAUCCGGGCGGUGCCCCGCUAUAAAUUCCUGCGCUGCUUCUUGAGCAGCUCUUGUGCAGGACAUUUAGUUCGUUCUUUUAUCUUCAGGUGAUCCUCUGCCUUUUAUCAACUCACAAUGCCGUCUGAUCUGGAAAGAGCAAUGGAGACCCUGAUCGUGGUGUUUCACCGUUAUGCUGACACAGAGGGUAGCAAAGCAUCCCUGAGUCGCAAAGAGCUCAAAUUGCUGAUGGAGAAAGAGCUGUCUAGCUUUCUGAAGUCUCAGAAGGACCCUGCUGCCGUAGACAAGAUUAUGAGGGAUCUGGAUGCUAAUGGAGAUGGAGAGGUGAAUUUUGAAGAGUUUGUGUCUCUUGUGGUGGGCCUGUCCAUUGCCUGUGAACAGCUCUACCAGAAGGCAGCGGUUGUCAAAAGCAAUAAAUAGCCAAACAUGAAGGGAAAAAGGAAUGUCUGUUUUUCUGCUUCAUCAUUUUGUUAAUAUAUUUUACACUUUCAGCCACAUGCCUCGAUUUGAAGUUGUUACUGUAGUUACACUGUAUGUAUGUUUUGCAAAAGAGGAUGUUUUGUCAUUUUUGUUCAGUGAUGUUCAAAUUUACUUUUAGUUUUUAUAGAGGGGUUUCUGUGCACCGUCAUCACAGAGAUGCACGUGCAACUAGGGGGCAGAAAAGCAAUGUCUCAUCAUUACUGAGAGUUCAUUUCUUAAUAUAAUCGGUGGAGUCCGCGCUACCUAGGCUUUCAAAGUAAUUGAUGUUAGCCAUUUCCUCACUGUCACACACCUAGCUAGCUGUCACACAUCUCAUGUCUUGUACAGUUUGUUUACAGUAUCAAUUUUCUUUCAAAUGUGGUGGGUCGUGAUGUAGCCUUGUCGUAAACAUUUAGGAUAGAAAGGCUCAACAACCAACAAAACCAGGUAAGUUCAUACAUUCAUAGGGUAUGUCAGGUUUUUAUGAUUAGCAAACUUAGUUGGACAAUUUCAUUCGAGACCUGAUGAUUAACGUUACAACUAGAAUUGCAUGCACCUCCAAGUACUGUUUAAAAACGAUAUAAUAUUCUUUGUGGGCUUCAUUAAUGGUGAUAAAUAAUUCGGCAGAACAGAUGUUGUAGUAGGCUACCUGCAGAGAUAUGCAUCCACCUCUUUUCUGUUACCUCCUGUGAGGUGCAUGCAGAAUUCACCAUAAUGGGAUGUUCUAAAAUGUUUAACGUGAAAAAGCUUAACGUGGCUUACUUUACUAAGACAGUUAUUAACAAACCAAACUUAGUAAACACCAUACUAAUAAAGCAUACUAUGUAGGCCUACAGAAAAUCAGAUGAACAUAAUAAUAUGAACAAUAAUAUGAACGCAACUAAGCAUUUUCCUCCCAUAAAGAAAGCGCUUAACGUGGCUUAAUGUACUAAGACAGUCACAUUAAAAGACCAAACUUAGUAAACACUAUACUAAUAAAGCAAACUAUGUACAGAAAAGCAGAUGAACAUAAUAAUAUGAACAAUAAUAUGAACGCAACAUGUUUAAUUAAGCAUUUUCCUCCCAUAAAGAAAACGCUUAACAUGGCUUAAUGUACUAAGACAGUGACAUUAAAAGACCAAGCUUAGUAAACAACACUAUACUAACAAAGCAUACUAUACAGAAAAAUUGGUCAUUAAGUGACGUUAAGCUUUUUCUUUAUAACGGUUUUCUUAUGGGAGGAAAACACAACGUGUAAUCAAACGAAUUGCGUUCAUAUUCUGGGCUCAUCUGCUUUGCUGUACAUAGUAUGGUUUAUUAGUAUGAUGUUUACAGAGUUCGGUUUGUUAAUACCUUUGUCUUAGUACAUUAAGCCACGUUACACAUUUUUCCGGCAUAAGACUCGUUAGUGGUUUUGCCCCCUGGAUGCACACACAUCCAGUAUUGUUUGUAUACAAGAAACUCGUCUAUAAGUAGUAUUUGCAUUAGACACAAAAGAUAUCAUUCUCAGAAGUCCUGUAAGUUCCACCAUGGAAAUAAACACUCAAUGAUUUUCCAGA